AUGGAGCAUAAAAUAUUGAUUGUGGGCCUUGACAACGCUGGAAAAACGACAAUCUUAUACCAGCUGCUCCUGAAUGAAGUGGUACACACCUCUCCUACUAUUGGCUCCAAUGUUGAGGAAGUGGUGUGGAAAAAUCUGCAUUUUAUCAUGUGGGAUCUUGGAGGUCAAGAAAGCCUUCGAGUUUCCUGGAGCACGUAUUACAGCAAUACAGAGUUCAUCAUCCUGGUGAUAGAUUCGACAGACCGAGAACGUGUGAGUAUAGCUAAGAGUGAACUAUACAAGAUGCUAGCCCAUGAUGAAUUGAACAAGGCAGCAGUGCUAAUCUAUGCCAAUAAGCAAGAUGUGAAAGGUGGGAUGUCUGCAGCUGAGAUCUCCAGGCACCUCAAUCUCACCUCAGUCAAGGGACACAAAUGGCAAAUUCAAUCCUGUUGUGCCCUCACUGGUGAAGGGUUGUAUCAAGGCCUGGAAUGGAUAGCAAGCCAUCUCAGGCACAAGUGACAGUGACUGACUUUCUAGACUUUUAUUAUCAGUGGAGUGACCCACAAGGAAUGAGGCAUGGGACUGAGUUUUCAGAUCUUCCAAUCUCAUGAUGUGCAGCUUGGAGAACCUGCUAUUGCUGGUUCAGAAAUCGAGUGCCUCAGAUCCAUAUGGGAGAGCAGCUCAUUCCAGUGUGACUGAUACCAAAGUGCAUGCAACUCAAGUGCCCCAUUGGCAGACCUCUGAUGUAUUCAUCCUUCCUGUGUCAUUUUCAGUUGUAUACCUUGUCAUCUUUCAGACAGC